GGCUAUUUUUCUCUCUUCUGAUUGGUCAGUUCGAAUCGUCUAUUUAGUCUCUGGACAAGCUUCGAGCUUUGCCUACCGUCGCAGCACGAAAAAAAGCCAAUUUUACCCGUAGACCGUCGACUUCUGGCAUUUUCUCACUGUGGUAGUAUGUCCGGGAGUUCCAACGUGGAGAACUUGUCACCUCAGAUUAUCCGGCAGGUGGCAAAAGAAGUUCUUGACCUCGCUAACAACCCGCCUGAAGGGGUCAAAGUGUUUCCAAAUGAACAGGACAUCACAGAUGUACAGGCCACUAUUGAGGGCCCGGGGGGAACUCCGUAUGAAGGUGGCCAGUUCAAAAUUAAGUUGUCCCUUGGGAAGGACUUUCCCCAGACUCCUCCCAAGGGAUUCUUCUUGACCAAGAUUUUCCACCCCAACGUUGCCAAGAAUGGAGAGAUUUGUGUCAACACACUGAAGAAAGACUGGAAAGCCGAUCUUGGUCUCAAACACGUCCUUCUCACCAUCAAGUGUCUUCUGAUUUAUCCCAACCCUGAGUCUGCCCUGAAUGAAGAAGCCGGAAAGCUGCUCUUGGAACAGUAUGACAACUACUCGGAAAGAGCGCGAAUGAUGACAGAAAUUCAUGCCAAGCCCACGACAAAGACUGCGCCCACGAAAAACGAAGACACAAACUGUCCAUCUACCUCAGGAAUGCAAUCUACCAGUGAAGGGCCGAUGGCAAAAAAGCACGCAGGAGACAAGAAUGCAGCAGAGAAAAAGAAGAAAGACAAAAAAAGAGCACUCAGACGUUUGUAGCAGUUCCCUUCCAUCUUGUAUCAGCAUGCCUGCUACCUGGUUAAAGAAAACAGUUCAAUUUUGUACCAUCAUUGUAGGUAACCAUUAAUCUAUCCUCAACACAGCUUUUGUAUACAAUGUAAAAUGACAAUAUUUGGUGAAAACAGAUGUAUUAAUUGCUAUUAUUUACUUUAAUGGGAACCAUAUUUCAUAACUUGCUAUUCAAUUAUGUGAAGCAAAGAAAAUGAUUCGGUACUACUACUGUACUUUAUGUUGUAAGUGUUCAAAGGUACAUUCCUUUCCAUUUCUCUCUACAUAAAUUCCCUUUUUUGAGUUCAGAAUUAUUGGCUAUGUAUGACUGCAGUUGUAUUGCUAUCAUGGAAUUAUCAUUGCUAUGGAAAUCACCAUUAGGCCAUUGUACAUCCAUUUAUUACUCUGUGAGUUCAGCUUCUGUGUAGGCCAAAAACAAAAAAUACUAGUUCUGUAGAACAUUGCAUGUAGCUAUAGAAUAUCCUUAUGUAAGUGUGAAAGUGUGUCUUAUGUUUUUCCCUCUGUAGAAUCUAUUGUUUUAGUUUUCCUUAAUAGAAUGUAGUUAGAUACUUUGUCUCGACUCUACAAACAAUCUUAGAAUUAUGGUUCAAAAGUCUGUUGUCAUGCAGAAAAUCAAAUAAAACUCCAAAAGUUGUUCCAAAAGCA